UCUGCAAGCCUCCCCUGAAUGAGUCAUCCAGCUGGCUUCUUAUUGGACAAGACCAUGCCAUCCCAAGGGAUUGCCUUGCAGAGGCAGAAAGGCCUUACUUCCAUUCACAGAAACCCUGGUUUGCCUGCCCGCUAUUUCAUUCACAUAAAAGACUAAAUAUCGCAUGUGGGUUUUUUUUCUAGCCCUUGGCUGCUUUUUUCUGUUUCUCUGUUGCCUCUUCUUGUGAUUUACAAGGAGCUGCCUCCUCAUCUCUGCCUUUAUGUUUGCCUUUGUUUCUAAGGAGAAAAGGCAGACGUGCUGUUUUUUUUUCCUUCUCUCUUGCCAGCUAGGAAAGCGAGAUAUUGGGGAGGACUGCAGUGCGAAAUCUGCGGCACAUUGAGAGCGGAAGCUGCUUAUGAAUGAGUGUCUGUGUGUCAGCUUUGCUAGAUAGUCCUGAGGACAUUUUAUACAGAUUCAUGCUUUCUGCUGACUGGGGGAGACAUUGAUGCUGCGCUGCUGCUCUUAAGGGCUGUUUGUUUGAUCAUUGGCGUAUCCACCUGAGAAAAAUGUCAGUGUCUGUUUUGUUUCUCUUUUUUUAUUUGUUUCUUUAAUUCAUGUCGUUCAGCCGGAACCAGUCGCUGGGCAUUUUUCUGAAUCUGUGUCUGCUUUCUCGACGUCAAACGUUUACUUUUUUUGUAAGUCUUGUUUCCUUUGCAGAUAUUUGAACAUUUCGGCCAUGUUUUAAGGUAAAUUUAUUAUAGAUUUUUUUUUUCACUUUGUAAAUUUAUCAAAAAUUGGUUUUCUUGACUGCGGUUGAACAUAACACAGUACAUACAGUAGUUGUAGGUUUUUGCUUGCGCAAAGCUGCUGUCUUAGGAUGAUGUCUGCUUGAAUUGUGCUGCUGUUACGAAAUAAACAGAGCGAUAUAUUAGGAUAUAGUUCCAGUCAUGCAAACCUACUGCAGCAUUUUUUCUUUUUCAUUGCGUAUUUAUUCAAAAGUAUUUUUAAGCCUUUAUUAAAAGUUGUUAAUAUUUGUGAUUCGUUAAUGGUGUAAUAGCCGUUGAUAUUUUUCUCUAAUUUCCUGCUGUUUUAUGAUCUGACUUAAUGCACAUUUUAUUUUUAGUAAUUUUUGAUAGCUAAGAUCAUUAAGCCCCCCAUGUUAAUUUACUAUCCUCUGAGAAGCAAAUAAAGGAAGCGAGGAGUCGCAGGGAAUAAAUAUCAGUCUAGGGAAUUUAAAAACUGAUUGGUUCUGGUGUGCUGUUAGUGGGAGUUAUUUUUUCCUCUCCCUCCAACAGGAAGUGAUUUGCAGUGUUCAGCAAGCCUUUUGUUGAGAAGGUUUUCUCAGAUCAGUGAGUCAUGCUUCAGCUCUGAGUCGGCAUUCGGGCAGCAGCCAGCAAAGAGAAUUUGCUCUUUCCUUGCAGCGUCCGUGAUCAUCAGCGACAAACCUCUUUUUUUGUUGUUGUUCUUGUUCCUUCAGUUUUUGGGAUUUCCCCCCCCACCCCGAGGUAAGCUGCCUUAAGAAGGAAAAGCAGCAGCAUUGCAGCUUGAAAAGCUGCACCCCAAAAACUGGCGAGGUUCUCAUCCUCGACUUCUUCUGCUACAUUGUUGUGUUUCUACAGAUUUUGUCUGCAACGGCUUGGAUUUCUGCUCUGGAUUUUAUUGAGAGACGAUUGGACUCUAGCGACAGCGGCAACCACACCAGCUCUGCACACCGAACAGCCCCUGAGAGGGUUAUCAACGCGGUUCGGCCACGUCUGCCUGCACGCGUGUGAAGGGGGCAGGCUGCGUGUGCGUGUUGGUUGGUUGGUGGAGAGAAGAGGAGCGAGCUAUUGAGAGAAGGGUAUGCUUCACCGUACCAAAUACAACCGUUUCAGGAAUGAGUCAGUAACAUCCGUCGAUGAGCUUCUCCACGGCCUGUCCAUGAACCCCAAGGUCUCGGCCUCCUCCCAGUCUGCAGCCGAGACGUCCUACACACCCCCGACUGAGGUCCAGCCCUCCUCCAUCGCUGCCGCUCCUUCUAGCACCACACCCAGCCACGGCUCAGAGCACCUGGAGGAUGGAGGCACCACCCUCUGCACCCUCAUCAACAAGGUCUCCGGCCUGAAAUUCAGCAACUCGGGCAGCCUGCUCGGCAUCAAGGGUCUACCCUCGGCCGUCAAGGACCUGGCCGUGUCCAAGCUGCAGGGGGGUGGGGGCGCGGGCUCGAGCCCCAGCAGCGUGGCGCCAGCUGCAGCAGCAGCAGCAGCAACAGCCGUCUCUGGUGUGGGAGGGUCUCAGUGCAGCUCCCAUUUGACCCCCUGCACUCAGCUGGAGACAGCUGUCAGCAUGAGCAAGAAAAGCAGACUGGAUGAUCUCCAGCCUAGAGGAGAGGAUUGGAAUCCAGGUGGGGUUGGCGGGCUGGUGAGCAAACCCUCCAGAGGAUGGCUGCACUCGAACGAGAAGAUAUCCGGCCCAGGAGUCACAUACGUUGUAAAGUAUCUGGGCUGCAUAGAAGUCCUGCGGUCGAUGAGAUCCCUGGAUUUUACCACAAGGUCACAAAUAACAAGGGAAGCUAUCAGCCUGGUGUGUGAAGCUGUUCCUGGGACCAAAGGAGCGCCGCGGAAGAGAAAGCCACCAUCCAAAGCUCUGUCCAGCAUUUUGGGCAAGAGUAAUCUCCAGUUUGCUGGCAUGUCCAUCAACCUGAAUAUCUCCACCAGUAGCCUCAACCUGAUGACCCCCGACUGCAAGCAGAUCAUUGCCAACCAUCACAUGCAGUCUAUCUCCUUUGCAUCAGGUGGAGACCCUGACACAACUGAUUACGUCGCCUAUGUAGCAAAGGACCCUGUCAACAGAAGAGCGUGUCACAUCCUGGAGUGCUCUGACGGGCUCGCUCAGGAUGUUAUCAGCACCAUCGGCCAGGCGUUUGACCUUCGCUUCCAGCAGUACCUGCAGUGUCCCUCGAGCAAGAUGUCGUCAGUCCAUGACAGGCUUUUAAACAUGGAGGAGUUGGCAUGGACAGAGGAAGAAGAGGAGUCUACAGAACAUCCUUAUUAUAACAACAUACCGGGCAAAAUGCCACCCCCAGGAGGCUUUAUCGACACUCGACUGACAAAUCAGAAUGCAGCAUCAGAAGGAGGCCAGGCGGGCCCGGACUCGGUGGAUCAGACAUACUACCAGGGGCGGCAUUGUGACAAUUGGGCUGAUGAGAGGAAAGCCGUCUUCCUGCAGCAGGGAUCUUUUGAUAUCAGCAGUCUGCCAGAGAAUAAAGGCCAGGCACCAAAAUCAGCAGAGAUGCCCAUGUAUGUCAACACGCAGCAGAUUGAUGCCCAGGUGCUUGCAGCCAUCCAGGCAGAAGCAGAAAAUGCCACAAAAGCCACGGGAGAUGCAGGCAAAGAGAGCCCCCAGAAGGACCUGUUUGACAUGAAGCCCUUUGAGGAAGCCAUUCAGUCCCAGUCUCAGCCACUGACCCAGGGCCAGUCACAGAGCCAGGUGUCCAACCUUCAGAAGGCAGCAUCUGUGGACAACUCCAGCCCCCUCCUCGUGCGUUCUUUGGCCUUCCGUGCGCAGGAGGAGCUGGAAGGCCAGAUGUGGUACCACGGCAAAAUGAGCCGGCGCGAUGCUGAAAAACUGCUCAAAAACAACGGGGACUUUCUCGUCCGCACAAGCACUACCAACCCAGGGUCCUACGUUCUGACUGGCAUGCACAACGGACUUGCGAAACACUUACUGCUGGUGGACCCUGAGGGCACGGUACGGACAAAAGAUCAUAUAUUUGACAGCAUUAGCCACCUUAUUGGCCAUCACCGUGACAACAAUCUGCCAAUUGUCUCAGCUGGGAGUGAACUCUGUCUCCGUCAGCCCGUUGAGAGGAAAUUGUGAUGCUUGAAAGGCCUGAUGGGAAGCAGAGAGCCUUUAUUUGCUCUCUCAUCCUGGAACUGGAAGAUGCCUAAAAGAAGGCUCAAAGUGCUCAAAACUGACCAGCUUUACUGGAGUCAUUGGAGUACACAAGAUUUGUUAAGGAUAAAGGAAAACUAUUUAUAGAAUUGCUAUUAUUUUGUUGUGAUGACUGAAAUGCUAUAUUUUUGAGAAGAAAAAUUGGUGCAUUUGGACUAAAUAUCUUGAUUUGGUGUUUACAAAAAAAAAAAUACCCAAUAAAAUUGUCCUUGUAGUUUAGAUGAAGUGCAAAUAAAACCUCAAAGAGGCGAGAAGAAUAUUUUAAAAUAAAAUUCUAAACUUUCAGUUUUGUCUGUCAAGCACAACCAUAUUUCUACUGAAAUCGUCGACUCAGUGGUUGAAGAAUCAGAAAGGCUCUUUUAAAUAAUUUCUAAUAGAAAAAAAAAUGCCCUUAAACUGACCAUUAGUGUGACAUCCUAAUUUCUUAGUCUCCAUAUGAAAGCUACUUUUGUUGGAGAUUGGAACUGAAUGCGUUCUCACAGGAGCAAAUGGACACUUUUUCAUAUUGCUGUCAAUGGCUUUAGAGAUCAACCUUUUUUUU